CUCCACUGGUGGUGCGUUCAGGAGCAUCGUUAUUCCCAGUGAUUCCUCGGAUCAGCAGCAGCAGCACCAGCAGCGUCUUGUCUUGUUGAAAGCGGAGAUUCCCCUCCGCCAGCAGCAGCAGCAGCAGCAUCCAUUUAAGAGCCACAGUGAUCAGUUCACUACAUCACCUCUGUCUUUCCUCGGAUUCGCUGCUUUCCACCGAGAUGCCGCCGUCGAGCAACGGCGAGGAUUUGUCGGGGAGAGCCGAUGCCAGAGGACACAUUCCCCGCGUAUUUUUUCGAGCGUGACUGGAAGGGAGCGGAGCGGCGAUGGAUGAGGCCACGAGGAGACAAAUAAAAUUUUGAUAUUUGCUGAGUUUAGCUGGCUAACGCUAGCACGCUAACGUUAGCUAGCCCUCAGCUUUGAUGGCUGUGUUCUCCUCCCCGUUCACCGGCCAAUCUGGUCUUUUCCUCCAUCAUUAAACACCCCUUAAUGCCUUGUUUUUAUGGAUGUUAAGACAUGCUGGAGGCACCGAGGACAUUUCUAACAAGAAGAAAAUCAUCGUAACGAGAUACUAGCCUCCCAGGGGCAACGCUAGUUAGCAGCGAGCAUCAAUAACCUUCACUUUUUAUUUUUCUCCUGCUCAUCGAUGAAGAUGCUGGCAGCGGAGGAGUGUGUCUAGGGGUGAACUUGAACUCGCAUGGACACUCACUCCAUGAAGGUCAUGAUACCGAAAGAAUGAUCAUGCUGGAAAAACAGAGCUCGACACAGGAGAUCGGCGAGGAGGCCGAGGAGGACGCCAUAUUCACCAUCACGCUGAGGAAGGUGCAGCUCCACCAGUCAGCCAGUAAGGGGCAGCGAUGGUUGGGUGUGGACACAGACUCCGCCCUGAGCCUCUACGAGACCUGCAAAGUGCGGACCAUCAAGGCCGGCACGCUGGAGCGGCUGGUGGAGUACAUGGUGACGGCCUUCAGGGGCAAAGACUCCACUUACGUCACCAUCUUCCUUUGCACCUACCGGUCCUUCGCCACCACCAGGCAGGUGCUGGAUCUCCUGCUCAACAGGUAUGCCAAGCUUCAAAAUGUGCCUGCAGCCUCAGCACACAGAGUCUCCCAGGAUGACUGCACAGAGCUGAGGAACACCGUUUCGUCCAUCCUGGGUGCGUGGCUGGACCAGUACUCUGAGGACUUCUGGAGCCCUCCAAACUACGAAUGUUUGCACCAGCUCCUGUCCUACCUUCACCUUCACUUCCCUGGCUCGGACCUGGAGCGCCGCGCCCGCAACCUGCUGGCCCACUUCCACCGCCGGCAGCAGUGUGAGCCUGAUCCUGAUGGGGAACACAUCGGCUGCCCGUUCGCUACGCAGGAAGAGAGCGGCUUUGAGGACGAGCUUCCUGCCUUCAGCUUCCUGUCGUUUGACCCCAUCAUGGUGGCGGAGCAGUUCACGCUCAUGGAUGCGGACCUGUUUAAGAAGGUGGUCCCCUACCACUGCCUGGGGGGCAUCUGGUCUCAGCGGGAUAAGAAGGGGAAGGAGCACUUGGCUCCCACCAUCAGGGCCACUGUGGCCCAGUUCAACUCUGUCACCAACUGUGUCAUCACCACCUGCCUGAGCAACCCGGCCCUGAAGCCCAAUCAGAGAGCUCGGCUGGUGGAGAGGUGGAUCGACGUGGCGCGGGAGUGUCGGAUCCUGAAGAACUUCUCCUCGUUGCGCGCCAUCCUCUCCGCCCUGCAGUGCAACGCCAUCCACCGCCUGAAGAGGACCUGGGAGGAGGUGUCACGGGAAAGCUUCAGAACCUUCCGGGAGCUUUCCGAGAUCUUCUCCGACGACAACAACUACUCACAGAGCCGGGAGCUGCUGGUGAAGGAGGGAACUUCCAAGUUCGCAACUUUGGAAAUUAACCCCAAGCGAGCUCAGAGGAGACACCAGCAGCAGAGAGACCUGGGGGUGAUGCAGGGGACGAUUCCUUACCUGGGGACCUUCCUGACGGACCUGGUGAUGAUGGACACUGCCAUGAAGGAUUACACUGAGGGUGGACUCAUCAACUUUGAAAAGAGAAGAAAGGAGUUCGAGGUGAUCGCUCAGAUCAAGCUGCUCCAGCUGGCCUCCAACAACUACAGUUUCACUCAGGACAGCCACUUCAGGGAGUGGUUCGCAGGCGUGGAGAAGCUCAGCGAGGCCGAGAGCUACAACCUGUCCUGUGAGAUCGAGCCUCUGUCCGAGUCUGCCAGCAACACCCUCAGAACCAAGAAGAACGGAGGCAUCAUGAAGCGCUGGAGCGACCGACAGCUGACGGAGGCGUGCUCCAGCGGCGGCGCCGGGUCUCAUUCCAAGUCCUUCGACCACUCGCACUACAGGCCGUACCAAGGGGGAGGGGGGGACAGCGGCGACGCGCUCAGCGUCACCUCUGUCAGCUCCAGCGGUUCAGACCUGGAGGACGUCAACGCCAGCUUCCUGUCAGACUCACCGGAAGGACAUGAGAGGAAGACGUCGACUCCGUCAGUGAAACUCACCGUCUCUGCUCUGGGAAGAGAAGCUCCAGCAGCAGACACCACCUCAACGUUCUGGGAGUGUACGUCUCUGUCGUCCCUGGACACCUCUGGGAUGGGGUCCAGCUCCGGUUCAGCCUCGGGCUCCAGCAGCGCCUCCUCCUCCUCCGUCUCCUGCUCCACCCCGCUGUCGGCCUCUCGCUCCCACAAACGCUCGGUGUCGGCGGUGUCCAACUACUCCACCCUGUCGCUGCCGCUCUACAACCAGCAGGUGGACGACUGCUGCAUCAUCAGGGUCAGCCUGGACGUGGAGAACGGCAACAUGUACAAGAGCAUCCUGGUGACGAGUCAAGACAAGACUCCAGCGGUGAUCAGGAAGGCCAUGAUCAAACACAACCUGGACCGAGAGAAGGCCGAGGACUACGAGCUGAUGCAGAAAAUCUCUGAGGACAAAGAGCUUCGGAUCCCAGACAACGCCAACGUCUUCUACGCCAUGAACUCCACUGCCAACUACGACUUUGUGCUAAAGAAGCGCGGCCCGGCCCGGCCCAUGCGGGCCAGAAACGUGGCCAGCUCCACGCUUCCUCGAAUGAAACAGAAGGGACUGAAAAUUGCUAAAGGGAUUUUCUGAGUUGAGACUCACCACUUUCUGCCUCCGGCCCACCGGACUCCUUAAAUCCCCCGUUGGGUCUUCACUCCUCAGCGGAGACCUUUCAUGAUGAAGAGUGUUGGAGACAAACUGACCUGCUGCAUCAGAGUUUGGGUCCAGACCAGAGCAGACGUGACCAACACACCUUUCUGUGGAGUAGCAGAAAGCAGGGGAGCACCUUAGCACUUAGAUGCAGCAACUUUACAAGCGAGGCUGGAAGUUCAGGACAGAAGAAAGAACUACUCAGACUUCCUCGUUAGCUUCCACAGUCUCGCAGGAAACAUCCCACGUUUGGUUUACAACUGUUUACAUCUCAGCACCACCCCUCCGGCUCCUCCGUCAACCACCUGGUUCCAUAAUAUCACUUUCAUCCGUCUUCAGCGCGCUUUGCUGAGAUGGAGACUGCGUAAACGCGACGCCAUGGCGACCAAACACAAAUGAAUGUGUUAUUUUUCCUGCAGUGAGCGCCGCCUCUCGCUGGGAUGCAGCUUCCACUCCAUCAGCUGGACAAGGAGGGAAAAACUUUAAAAAUGGCGUCUAAAGCCGUGAAUCACACACCACUGUUUCCUUUUUUAUGAAUGAACUGUGACCACUACACGCGAAGGACCAGAGGGACCACGCCUCACCGGACGGAGCUGAAAACAAACCGAGUGUAAAUAUGACUUAACACCAUCUGUGCAGUAAAUUCUUUUCAUUUGUGAUUUUUUGUUAAUAGACUCACAAUAUCAAGACUUUUUAUGUUUUCAUUCUUUUGCUUUGAACAUUUUUGUAUCUCUGCUCUGAUACGGUGCUGCUACUCGUCCCUCGCAGCGUUCGCACCUGCUGCUCUUCACCUGCGCUUUCUCCUCUUCAUCAGCCGCCAUGUUGGAAGAAAGCAAGAACAGAUCUGACCUGCCAGGUGGAAACGUAACAGACCAGCCCGGAAAAGAUCCGAUGAAAUCAGUGACUUAGAAAGAAAAAUUCAUUCACUUGUUAAAUAGACAAAUAUCAGGAAAAAACGGCCGAGUUCAGCCAGAAAACCAGUUUCACCAAAAAUAUCUUCCACUGAUUAUUAUUGUCAAAGAAAGGGGAAAAUUGAGAAACUGUUUUAACUGUAAUAUUUAAUAUCAAAUUCAGUUCAAUAACAGAAAAGUCUCCAAUAAAAAGAGGAAAAUUGAAAAACUAAGAAAAAAAAAAACAAGCUCUUAAAACAAACUAUUAAAAAUAAAAAAUAAAAAUUAUGGAUGGAUUAAAUGAAAUUAAAAGUUUAAUUAGUUAAGGGUGUACGCUGCCUACUGACCAGCUGCUGGGAUAAGCCUAAUUUAAUUAGGUUUAAAUGUCAAAUAUAUUCAAAAUAUUUAAUAAAUUUUGACUUUAGUAAGUCCAUUUAAAAGCUACAUGUGUUCUUUCCCUCCAGCAGCAGCGAAGGCUUCUUCACUUGUUCCUCAGGUGAUUUUAUUUUCAGAUAAUUCACCUUAAAAAUCAGCUUUUUUCCCAGAAACCUGCAGGAGAGCAGCUCUGGAGUCAGCAUUCCUACAAGUAAGGAAUAGAAAGAGUUUCCAUCAGGUUUCCUCCCGAUGCGGUUCAGGACCCUCUGAUCCGUCUCUGGCGGUUCGGUUCUUCCAACAUGGCGGCUCAUCCUUCGUAUCGGUAGCGACUUUCCAAAUGUGCCAUGAGAGGCGGCGAGCUGCAGAUUUAUCCUGCAGAGCAUCGAAGCAUCGAUGUAUCAGUCGUCCUCGCCGGCCUUCGUACCAACAGCACCUGCGAAUGAUUUGCUCCCAUCAGACAUCAGAAACGUUGAGGAAGCCGUCGGAUGAACGACGCGACACUGCCAAGCUGCACGCGAGGAACAAACUUCCUUCUGUCCUGUUUCCGUAAAGGAAACCUCCAGCCAUGUUUCUUUCCUCCCUGUGGACGCCCGCGAGGACAGAGUUAAAGGGCUUGUUUUCACGACUGCGCCAACAAAUUUGUGCCAAGCUGUUAAAAACAGUGUCUGAGGGAAGGUGGAGCACAUGUUGUUGCACAGCAUUCUGGGAAAUGUAGGAAACUUCAACAACACUUUGAAGGUUGGAUUUUUUCUGAUUCUUUCAUAUCAAAACAGCUGCCAUGUUUUGCCUUUUUAUUUUUCCAUCUGCGUGACGUCCACGAUUAUCAUAACAAUCAAACGAAUGAAGCAUCUCGAAGGAAAAUAAAAACAAAAACAGCUGUGAAAACAAGUCGGAUGAGCAGCAGGCGGCGCUGUGGAUGUCGUCAUGGAAACCUGUCGCUGUCAACACUGUGACCCUCGAGCCUUUCACUCUGCCCGUUGAUUGGCGCAUCUUGUCGAGCACUGUGAACCGUCCCCCCCCCCCCCCCCCCCCCCAUGCUGUCGUCGUCAUGGUAACCAUCCGUCCCUCUCAUCUUCGAACAGGCUUGACCCGACAUGUGCCAAAAAAAUGAACAAGGAAGCAGAAAAAAGGUUGAACAGACGAGACGUCUGCCUUUCACAGUGGAAAAGUUUAAAAAAAAGCUUGUAUGUCAGGUUUUUCUGGAGGGAAAAGGGUGAAACAAGAAAAAAGAAACAUCUGGACCCAUUUAUCUGUGCAGGAUUUCUGAAACUUGAAGCGUUUGUCUGAAGCUGCAGAUGAAGCUGAAGUAGAAACAAGAAAAAGUUCUCUUUUCAACAUUUCACAUUCUCAGUUACUAAAUAUCUCAACAUUCACUGUGUCACAGACUUUCCAUCAGUUUAAACCUUCAGUCUCUCCUUAUCCUACAGGACAUUAAACGCAUCACAGUGUUUGAUCCCCCCUAUCACCUAAAUUUAUUCACAAUUAAAUGAAAUACAGUUUAAAAUAAGGGGGGGAAAAGUCUGGAAUAAGAUGAAAUAUUAAAUGCAAAGUCAAUUAAUGAUUAAUUAAUAUAAAUAAUACAUAAAUUAUGGUAUUUAAAAAAUAUUUUAUUUUUAUUUGCAACAGUAGGUGUGAAGGGGUUUAAUUCAUUUUGAUGUUUGCUCAUCAAACUCAUUUUAAAAUCGUUUCUGGUUGUGGUUUGAUGGGGACUACUUUCAGCGGUGGAUGGAUACGUUGACAGAAAGCUUCUCUGUCCUGUUUGGUUGGAGUUAAAUCUCCAAACAGAGGUUUCUGCAGCAGCUCCGUCUCAGACGUCCCGUCUGCUGGUUGCUCAGAGAAAGUACUUUUCUUCUUUCGUGCUUACGUGUGGACCUUUCUGAUGGAUUUGUGACCCGCGAGGUCGUCGUGAUGAACUGGUCUGUGUGUCGUCGCUGCCCGUGUUGAACAUGAUGUACCACAUGUGAUUUGACCCAAUUCUGUGAAUUUGAACAAAAACAGCUGUGUUUAGAAGAAGAAAAAAACAAAAAGAAACUGGAAAACAGCUGACGUGGUGUGUGUGUGUGUGUGUGUGUGUGUGUGUUCUGUUUAAGUUUCCCUGAUCCUCGCUCAGGUGCCAUUCUCCAUUUUAACAGAAGGAUUUCAGAACUUUUUCUAACUGCAGUUUACUCUUUGGUUUACUUUGGUUUACUAAGAACACGAAACCUGUAAAAAAUCAACUCUUUGGUUAUGUCUUUGUUUAUUUAUUGAUUUGUAUAUAGAGCUUUUGUUUUGCAUUGUACAUUCCCUCCUUUCUUGGUUAUAGAUUAAUAUAUUCAUGUAUAUACAAAUAAACAUUACGUUUAUAAAAGUG